GGAUGCCCAUCCUACCUCCUUGCACCCUGACUCGAACAGGCCAACCUAUCCAUCCAUGUCAUGUACGCGGACACAAAGAUUCCAUUUCCCUGAGCGCACGAAUUCCAAGGUUGGAAAUCCAUCCCGUGUACCUGCGGCGGCGUGCAGCAAAGGGCAGGCAGAUGGGCAAAGGCAACGAAUCCAUGGAUUCCAAUUCCAUACCAGUCGCGCAAACUACUAGGGCGAUCUCGAGCACGCUCACGUGAACUCCGGCCGAUCGAGCGAGCGACGGCAACUCUCUCUGGCCUCACCUGCACACCGCCUUCUUCCUCCUCGCGACCCAGCUCGUGAUAAUCAGAGCAGCUAGAUUGCGUGCGGCGCGGCGGCUGCUCUCCCGCACAGCAGCUGGCCUCGUGAUUACAGAUUACUCGCUCGAUCCAUAACCGAUUGAUCGAGCGGCAGUAUAAACUGUAGAGGGAGCCAUCAGAAAUAGAAAGCAAGGCGCCUUUGCUUCCGCUUUCUCUUUCUUUGUCGCCGCGACCACGACGAUGCUGCAGUUCGGUGGGAGGAGCGUCGCCCUCGCCGCCGCCGCGUUGUCGGUCUCCGCCCUCCUGCUGGUCGUGCUCGCGCUGCCGGCGGGAGCCUCGGCGCGCGGAGUCGGGCCGGCGGCGCGCCACCGGCGCGACGCGACGCCCGGGCCGGCGAGCUGCGAUGUGUUCAGCGGCAGCUGGGUCCUCGGCGACGGCCCGGCGGCGUACACCGGGUACAGCUGCCCGCUCAUCGACGCGGAGUUCAACUGCCAGCUCUACGGCCGGCCGGACUCCGACUACCUCCGGUACCGCUGGAAGCCGGCCGGGUGCGAGCUCCCGAGGUUCGACGGCGCGGACUUUCUGACGCGGAUGAAGGGGAAGACGGUGAUGUUCGUGGGGGACUCGCUGGGCCGCAACCAGUGGGAGUCGCUCGUCUGCCUGCUCCACGCCGCCGCGCCGCAGUCGCCGGCGCAGCUCGUCUCCUCGGACCCUCUCUACAACUACAAGUUCCUGGAGUACGAGGUGACGGUCUCCUUCUACCGCGCGCCGUACCUGGUCGACAUCGACGCGGUGCAGGGGAAGCGGGUCCUGAUGCUGGACGACAUCUCCGGGAACGCCGAGGCGUGGCGCGGCGCCGACGUGCUCUCCUUCAACUCCGGCCACUGGUGGACGCACACCGGCGCGAUGCAGGGGUGGGAUUACAUGGGGGAGUCCGGGAGGUUAUACGAGGACAUGGACCGGACGGUGGCGUUCCAGCGCGGCCUCACCACCUGGGCCAACUGGGUGGACCUCAACGUCGACCCGGCCAGGACCCGCGUCUUCUUCCAGUCCAUGUCUCCCACGCACUACAGCUCCAAGGAGUGGCCCAACCCGGUGUCCAGGAACUGCUACGGCGAGACUGCUCCGGUGGUUGGGCUCAACUCGACGGGGCAGCAGGCCUCCUCGGGCCAGGACCUGGUGAUCCAGGCCGUGCUGCGGGGCAUGAGGAGCCCCGUCCGUCUCCUCGACAUCACGGCGCUGUCGGCGCUGCGGAAGGACGCGCACCCGUCGGUGUACAGCGGCGACCUCACGCCGGCGCAGCGCGCCAACCCCGGGGGCUCCGUGGACUGCAGCCACUGGUGCCUCCCCGGCCUCCCGGACACCUGGAACCAGCUCUUCUGCACCCUCCUCUUCUACAAGUAAUUAUUGUAGCGGGAUACAGCCAAUUCAUCCACAUUGUUGCAGGUCAAUCUUAUUUGAUUUUUUUUACGGUGCGUGUUAACUAUCCGUUAGUGUAACCUGUGUGUUUGUAUGGCCAGUUUCAGUGGGAGUUUCAUAGAUACAAUUAAUUAGAUUGGGAACUAAGUAACUAUGCUAGA